AUGAUCUCACAACAUGGGAUUUUAGCUUCAUGGACGAUCUCGUUCUUCAUCUUUCGUUUUUGCAAGUCAGGGCUACUGAUACACGCCACAGACGAGCCACUUUGGCGACAUAACACUGUUGGCCACAUCGAAGCUUUAUGGUCCAACUUCCAUGAUGAUGCUCUCCUAAAUCUAGCUUCUGAUUCUAAUCAUGAUCAUCAAUCAGUUGACCGCAAAUCAUCAAACAAGAGAGUUUUGUGGGAAUUGGAUCCUACUGAUUCCCAAAGAUCUCCGACAAUAGAUGGCAACGUGAAAAAGAAGUCGGGGAUAGGACGUUCGGUCUCAGAAGCAGAUAUGUUGAGCAGAGGGAUCUCUUCUGGUCGGAAAGAAGUCAAUGGAUUGAGACCUGUCACAACUGGUCGCAAGGUUUUCCGAACUUCUCUUCUGGAUAUUCCCGGGACAAACUUCGUUCAAACAAAAUCUCUUCAAAAAGAUCCCAUGCGUCCCACGAUAUCUCCAACAUCUGUCUUGGAUGUCUCCUCAGAUGCAGAAAGCGAGAAAGCAUCCUUACCAACAAUCUCAGCGGCUGGACAGCACAUCGAUCAUAUAAUUCCCUCUUCGAAAUCAUUGGAGUCUAUCAAGGAAUCGGCAUCUGCUUCAUCUUCCCCUGGUAUAAAUACAUUAUCCAAUGAGGCUGUGGCGCCUAAGCUGGAUGCAUAUUCCAUAGAUCCAGUGGAAAAGAGUGACGAAAUCAUAGGAAGCGCAUCGGAGAGGCAUGGCCGACUAAGGCUAUACCUUCCUAGACCCAACCUGGUAAAAGCACCUCCGCCACCCCGAACUCGGCGUUUGACAAAAGGGUCAGGGAUCCUUGAUGGUUUUUAUGACAAGCUCUACGAGGAACGUGCCGUCAUCUCUUCUCUUACUAAAAGGAUUUUGGAUAUCGUUGUGCUUGAUUUGGUAAACCUAGACUCGAAAUCCGUACCAAUCCUUCUGGAGUUGAAGACACUCUUGAUCACCGUGGGUGAAAAAUUGAAUCACCUUCGCCAACAUACUUUCGUGAGACUCUAUGCAACUUUUUCGGUAUGGCAAGAAAGUCGUAAAAAAGCCGUGGAGAUUUUGGAAAAAGUUUCGAUCAUCUAUCUUGAAUCGAUAAAUCAACUGAAAGAUGCUUCCGGAGUAGUGCACGCUCAGUAUAAUAUGUCACAAAAGUUUCUACGUAUGAUGAAACAAGAGUUGUUAGAAGUCGGUUUGGCGUCCUUCAAAAGUCAUGUAAAAGAACUUAUGAGACAAGUUGAAGAUAUCGCUCCUCGAGAAUAUGGAAAAAAGCUUGAUCCCUUGGCCAUCAGUUUGGACGCUCAUGAACAUGCUCCAUUUCGACUGUCAAUCUUGGGUCUCAAAGAACCAUCAAAACCUGUUGAAAUCAAGCACAGGCAAAUUGCUCAUACUUUGAACCCCGAUGUUCUUUGUCUUCCGGUACUCGACGUUAUCCUAUCGGGGAGUGAAAGUGGCGCGAGAGUUGCAGGCGUCCUCAUAAUAGAUGACAUGCCGGCGCAUAUCAGAAUGUUACAAAGGGUCGUCAACACCCCACGGUCAAGCACUUUGAAUGAUUUUGAGGCACUCGAAGAGAGUCUCUUAGAUUUCAAGAAAUGUCUGCGCACUAGCUUCACUCUUAUGGCCUGGGGAUUUGCCCACAACCUCCCACCCUCAUCUCUUGACAAUUUGCUAGAUGAUAGCAUGGCCUUAAACAGGAUUUUGAAAACUUUGCGCCACAUCUUGGAUCUUCAUCCCCUUCAUCCAAGGGGAAUUGGAAAGCCGGGUCCCGAUUACGAAGACAUUGGGGAUUUCAUUGCAGAGACGCUGGUGAAAUCUAUUGGUAAAGGGUCAAAGAUCUUACUAGAAAGGCUAACAUUUAUGUCUCAGGAAGGAUCUCGAGAGCCAACCGGUCUUCACUGGUUCUGGGGAGCGGAUGCAGCACUCGAUCACUUCCCCCAUCAUCUUUUACCCGAAAGAUCCUAUCAGCGUUCAUGCUACCUUUGGAAGUUCUGCUUGAACCAAGUGGACCACAUGCUCCAAACAGCAAUUCAAGAUUUUGAGCUUCUGGAAAAAAGAGCAUUAGAAGAAAUCAAUGUCGUACAUUGGUCUGCAAUGGAGUCGUUAUCCGAUAGGAUCUUGAUGUUCAGGAGAGAACUAGACAAACUUCUCGCAAGUGAUGUUGGGCCCAUAUCCACAGGUUCAAUCAUCAAUCCAGUUCCCCAGUACUCUCGCAUUGAGCCAAAGGUCAAAUAG